AUGGAACAUAACAAAAUUCUAAGCAUAGUGUUUAAUAAAAUAGAUUUUGAAUUUCCGAUAUUAGUUCGAAAAAAUCAUAAUGUUCAAGAAAAUAAUGUGAUAAAAGCAAAAAGUCAACCUUCUGAUGAAUAUAAUUCCUUAAGUUCAUCUUUAAAUCAAAGCUAUGAGGAUAAGAAAAAAAAUUCAUCUCAUGAAACAUUACUUUACAGGAAACGUCGUUACUUGCAAUUCCCCGAAGGAAGCUCCUUGCAAUUAGUGUUUAAUGUUCUCCUUCCAAUAAUCGACUACACUAACUACGCUAUUUUAGGAAUAACUUGUGCUCUUGCAUUCGAACUACCAAGCAAACCUCUUAGUGAACUUGAGGAUGAACUAAUUACAAAACUUAAGAAAGAAAAUUAUGGAUUUUCUAAGAAUCACAAUAAAAACGAUCCAUUGAAAUAUAGUGAUGCAAGUCAUCAUAUUGAAAACCACCUUAAAGAUACGUUUUCGAAUUUAAUAUAUACUCAUCCAUCGGAAUAUGAAUAUCAAAGUUCAUAUAAUUCACCAUCAUCAGAGUUGUAUUUAAAUGGAAAUAAUAAUUAUAUUUCUGGACCUUAUAGUCCUGGCUUUAAUAAAAACAUUCCAGUGCAUUCUUACUAUCAUCGAUAUAACUCACCCUAUAAUAAUCUUAAAAAUGCUAAAUAUGAUGCGGGGAAAUUCUUUGAGUCGUUUUGGAAACCAAACUACUUCAAGAGCCCUUACAUUCGACGCCAAGAUGAAAUUCCCAAACGCAAAGAGCACGCUGUCUAUCAUAUCAUGGGAAAGCGGAGUAUCCAUCAUGGAAUAAAUCCAUCAACAUCUUUUGAAGGGAAUACCUUUUGGCUUAAAAAACUUGACCAAAUUCAUUUGCAAUACCAUCGUUCAUCUAGACAUGAACUAUAUUCAAAACUCGAAACUAUGCUUCACAGACAAGGCAAAAACGGAACUGAAUGCGUACUAAGAGCAUUAUGUGAAACUGGAAAUAGACGAAGUGAAACCAAACCUGGUGAACUAGUGACCGAAAUAUUUCGAGCUGUUUUUACCCUACCUAAGGAAUUGCAACCAUCGGAAUCAGGCAAAUAUAAAAAUUAUAACCCUGUGCAUAGAGCCCGAGAUGAUGCUCAUUGGAAUCAAAAGAAUUGCUCCGAAGCAUAUCCGUUAUGUGAAAAUUUUAUAUGGGAUGGUAAUUUUAGAAUUUACUAUAGGUUAUUGGUUGCAAUAAUACAUUUUUUGAAAAGUGUUCCAAACAUUGUGUUUAUCUUUUUGACAUUAAAAAUGCACUUGUCUAAUAAACAAUUCGGGAAAUCAAUGAAGUUUAUAUUCAUCACAUUGUCGUUUCUUAUUUGUGUUAAUUUUGUAAUGAUGGAUGAAUUAAUGAGUGGAAAUAAUUACGAGGGAAAUAAAGUUGAGAUGGGUCCGUCUGCGUCGCCGACAAAGCCCCAAACCUUUCGAAACAAUGAACAGAAGAAUACGGAAAUUCUUUUAAGAAAAAGGCGAUAUUUGACUUUUCCGUCAGGAAGUUCUUUUCAGUUGGUUUACGAUUUAAUCAUUGGUGUUGUGGACUAUACAAACUACUUAAUUCUCGGUGUGACAUCAGCCUUAGCUUGGCAACUGCCCAGCGAUGCCCCGAGUGAAAUUGUACAACAUUUGAAAGAAAAACUCAAUGAUGGUACCCUUGGUCUGGCUCGCAACGAUACAAUAGAAAAUAUUCAAUACAUUGAAACCAAACCAAAACUAAAACAAAAAUAUCCCCACAAAUCGGCUUACAUCACAACUUAUUCGGAUCCAUCUUUUCUAAAACCACAAUCGUCCUCAUUCUUUUCUAACAAUCAAUUUCACCCCCCAAUGCAUACGAAAUACUACAACUCUGGUCCGAUUUACUACACCAAGCCAGCAUCAUCGGCCUCCGGCAGGGUCCUUUCAAGGAAAUACCCACACAACAACAACAAAAACUAUCACAAUACAGAUAACCAUUCAAUACGAAGGAAUCCGCUCACAGAAUGGAAAUAUGGCAAAAUAAGAAAAGUUUCAGCAUCAACAUCAUCGCCAUCAUCAUCUUCUUCGUAUUUUCAUCCUUCGAAGUGGUCACAAUGGUGGAAGAAUUCUGGUAAACGGACGUCUUCUUCUUCAUCGCAUGGAAGCAGAAGGCCAGUGUAUGUUCGGCAGCAUAAAGUUCAUCCUGUAUUUGGAAAGAGAGGUGUAGACAAGCACAAUCGACAAAAACGUCAGGGCAUUGAUGGGCCAUCACUUACAAAAAUCGACAAGAUUCAUCUUCGAUACCAUCGCAGUACAAGACAGCAGCUUUACCUCAAAAUCGAGAAAUAUUUAGAGACGCACAAUAAAAAUGGCCACGAGUGUGUUUUGAAGGCGCUUUGUGAGACGGGUCAGAAAAGCCACGAAAAGGAGCCAGGGACAUUCGUUGGAGAAAUAAUGAGAUCAAUUUUUACAAUGCCAGAAAGCGAGGAUCCAGUUUAUAGUUAUAAGCAUAAGCUGUAUGACGAAGCACAUGCUCAUGAUGGAAAUUGUGUCGAAAGUUUUCCACUGUGUCCGGAUAGUCUUUGGAAGGCUGACUUUAUAUUUUAA